UCCCCCCCCCCCCCCCCAGCCAUGUCGUUUCGGAAGGUGGUGAGGCAGAGCAAAUUCCGGCACGUUUUCGGGCAGCCGGUGAAGACGGAGCAGUGCUACGAUGACAUCCGCGUGUCCCGUGUCACCUGGGACAGCACCUUCUGCGCCGUCAACCCCGCCUUCCUCGCCAUCAUCGUGGAGGCCAGCGGCGGCGGCGCCUUCCUCGUCCUCCCCUUGCACAAGACCGGCCGCAUCGACAAGGCCUACCCCACCGUGUGCGGCCACACGGGGCCCGUCCUGGACAUCGACUGGUGUCCCCACAACGACCACGUCAUCGCCAGCGGCUCAGAGGACUGCACCGUCAUGGUGUGGCAGAUCCCCGAGAACGGGCUGAGCCAACCGCUGACGGAGCCGGUGGUGGUGCUGGAGGGUCACUCCAAAAGGGUGGGCAUCAUCUCCUGGCAUCCCACCGCCCGCAACGUCCUGCUCAGCGCAGGUUGUGACAACGUGGUGCUGAUCUGGAACGUGGGGACGGCGGAGGAGCUGUACCGCCUGGAGGGGCUGCACCCCGACCUCAUCUACAGCGUCAGCUGGAGCCGUGAUGGCUCCCGCUUCUGCACCGCCUGCAAGGACAAGAGCAUCCGCGUCAUCGACCCCCGCCGGGGCACCGUGGUGGCCGAGAAGGAGCGGGCACACGAGGGGGCUCGUCCCAUGAGGGCCAUCUUCUUGGCCGACGGCAAGAUCUUCACCACGGGCUUCAGCCGCAUGAGCGAGCGGCAGCUGGCACUGUGGGACACGGAGAACCUAGAGGAACCCAUGGGGCUGCAGGAGCUGGACUCCAGCAACGGGGCUCUGCUGCCCUUCUACGACCCCGACACCAACGUGGUCUACGUCUGUGGCAAGGGUGACUCCAGCAUCCGGUACUUUGAGAUCACGGAGGAGCCCCCCUACAUCCAUUUCCUCAACACCUUCACCAGUAAAGAGCCCCAGCGGGGCAUGGGCUGGAUGCCCAAACGGGGGCUGGACGUCAGCAAGUGUGAGAUCGCCAGGUGGGGACAAGGUGGGGACCCCCCCACCACCAUUUACCACCCCUGGGACCUCAGUGGGGUCCCAGGACAGGACAUGGUGGCCGGGUUGGGUGGUCCCGGGGCAGGCCGGGGUGGCUGGUUGUCCCCAGGAGGGUCCCCUCUGACAUUGCUCCCCCCGGGGUGGGGGGGUCGGGGGGGGCAGUCGGACCUGUUCCAGGACGACCUGUACCCCGACACGGCGGGCCCCGAGGCGGCCAUGGAGGCAGAGGAGUGGGUGGCGGGGCGCACGGCGGGGCCCGUGCUGGUGUCCCUGCGCCAGGCCUACGUCCCCAGCAAGCAGCGGGACCUCAAGGUGAGCCGCCGACCCCUCCUCCAUGAGAGGUGA